AGAGCACUUUCCACAGGGUAAUCAAGGAUUUCAUGAUCCAAGGAGGUGACUUUGUAAACGGCGACGGCACUGGAGUAGCCAGUAUAUACAGGGGUCCUUUUGCGGAUGAAAACUUCAAACUGAAACACUCUGCUCCUGGGCUGCUCUCUAUGGCAAACAGUGGUCCAAGUACCAAUGGCUGUCAGUUUUUCAUUACAUGCUCCAAAUGUGACUGGUUGGAUGGAAAACACGUCGUGUUUGGUAAAAUUGUCGAUGGGCUGUUGGUCAUGAGAAAAAUUGAAAACGUGCCUACAGGUCCAAAUAACAAACCCAAGCUGCCAGUUGUGAUCUCUCAGUGUGGAGAAAUGUAAAGCAGUGAAACAGAAAUGCGUGUUCCUUCACCGAUGGUUAGGUUUGUGCUGGCUCCAUGAAGUUCCAACUCCAGCCAGUUCCCCCACUGUCCUAGUCCUCUCUGCAGGCCAGAUCCAUGCUUCUAACAUUCUCCUGAAAUUAUUUAAUAAUUGGCAUCAAUGUUUGGGUUUGAUUUUUUUUUUUUUUUUUAAUGUUUUGAAGUGUUAAUAAAGAAUUUUGAUAAAUAUG